UGCGCUAAUUAAUGACCGUCCGGACGGUUCGUGAACGUUGACUGCCUUGUUCGCGACGACUCCCGGCACUUCCUUCGCUGGCCGGUGCUCCGCCUCGCCGCCGCAAGUGGACCGCGGGCUCGACGCUAUUAUUGUUCUGGUCCAUUGCUUAUAAUCGCUGGCCCAUCAGCCUAGCCCGGACUCUUUCCUCCACUCUCAACUAUCAUUAUCUCACCCCUUCUUCUCUCUCUUUCCUUGGGGUAUGUUCCUGGAAUCUCGCGACGUUCUCGGUGCGUCUCUGAUGGGAGAUUCGAUCCUCUCCCCAUUUCGUCUACGUCUUCCUUUGGGCUUCGGGCCCCUUCGGCUCGUGGUGGGAAUUUGAUCCCGAUUCAUCUCGUGCACAACUUCUUUUCUAGCCUAUUAUUCUCUCUCUAGCUCGAUUCUUACCCGGCCCCUUUUGGUGAACAUGUUUCGCGUAGGCUCGUGGCUCUAUGGCAAAAAGCCGGGUGCCAAUGCCUCCACUCAGUCUCUGGACUCUUUGUCCGAACUGCGAGAUCUUGAGGAUGCUAUGAGGGCCGCCACUUUGAUUCUCAAUGACGACGUCGAUGGCGCCGAAGAUGGCCUUUCUGAAGGCAUAUCUUCGUUUCAUAAUCUUGGUAGAGGCGUUGUUGCGUUCAUUCGGGCCACUCUGGGAUUUGAACAGGAAAUCAUGCGCCAGGCCUCGGAGCGACUCAAUGCCGCGGAGACUAGUGCUUCCAACGACCAGCAUCGCGCGCAGCAUAAUUCCAAUGCGCCCAACUCAUAUCACUCACAGAUAUAUGCUCCCGGCACGGAGUUCGCGCUUUGCCAGGCAAUGGCGCAGCUCAUGAGCGCAGUCGUCGGCGUUCUGAAUGAAAGCCUGACGGAAAGUAUCAAAGGGUUCUAUAAGCUGAGAAAGGCCUACAUUGCCCUAGACGCCAUUCUCAAGAUGGAGCAAAAGUUCAUCAUGCAGGCACGGAACUCGGGGAACAGUACUUCUACAGAGAGUCUGACCCGGGCCUCGGGGCAAGGAGCGGGAUCCAAGUCAAUUCCCGCAUCGCCCGUCGAAGUUACUGGCCUCAAAAAAGAGCUUUCGGACCUGUCUCUCUCCACAGAUUCCGAGGCAUCGACGCCGAGCCCUUCUGAUAUGCUGAGCCAUGAUCCUGACUCGGACAUCUUCAAGAACCAGAUUGAUGUUUUCAUCCACUCCGGUGCCAACUUCUGCUUCGGAAUCCUAUUGCUCCUGAUCUCUAUGGUCCCACCCGCGUUCAGCAAACUUUUGGGAAUUAUUGGCUUUCACGGGGAUAAGGAUCGCGGGCUGAGGAUGCUUUGGCAAGCCAGCAAGUUUAACAACUUGAUUGGAGCCCUCUCCGCGUUCGCCAUUCUCGGAUAUUCCAAUGGAUUUGUUCGCUACUGCGACAUCAUGCCCGACCCCGUCUCGGGCGACGAUGUACAGGGGUAUCCCCAGGAGCGGCUCGAAGCGUUGCUGGCGCUCAUGAGGAAGCGGUUCCCGAAGAGUCAGCUGUGGCUGUUAGAGGAGUCGCGGAUGAACGGUGCGAACAAGAAACUUGAUGUGGCUUUGGAGCUGCUGUGUGGUAAAGACCGCAGUCCCCUCAAGCAGGUCGAAGCGCUGCGGGUUUUUGAACGGAGUCUAAAUGCUAUGUAUCUCCACAAGUACGAGCUCUGUGCCGAGUCAUUCCUCGAGUGCGUGGACCUCAACUCGUGGUCUCGAUCACUUUACUAUUACAUUGCGGGAUCCUCCCAUCUCAGCUUAUAUCGAAGCGUUGCCGAGACAGAUGCCACCGCGGCAGCCGAGCACGCUGAAAAGGCUACGGAGUACUUCCGAAAGGCGCCACCGUUGGCUGGCAAGAAAAAGUUCAUGGCCCGGCAGUUACCCUUCGACGUCUUUGUCUCGCGCAAGAUCGCCAAGUGGGAGGCCCGCGCCAAGGAGUGGAAGGUGCCCUUGGUGGACGCUAUCGGGGUGGAUCCGAUCGAGGAGAUGAUCUUCUUCUGGAACGGACACAGCCGGAUGACGCAGGACCAGCUGGAGGAAUCCAUGACGAAGUUGGCGUGGUCUGAAAGCAAUGCCAACAAGACGUGGUCGCGGGAGGGACCGGAGGAGAAGGCCAUCCUACAGAUUCUGCGAGCGGCCGUCCUGCGUGCGAUGCGCCGGCAUGGCGAGGCGAAGGAGAUGAUUCGCACGAGCAUUUUCAGCCAGGACAAGUCUCAGUUCACGGGGCACUUGAAGGAUGACUGGAUCUACCCGGUGGCGCACUUUGAGAUGGCGGCUAACCUGUGGAUGGAGCGUGCGACCUAUUGUGCCGUCCACGGAGGGCCAGACUCGUCUGAAAAGUCGGUCACGGGCAGCAAUGAGAGUGACACGCAGCUGGAGCGGCGCCAAGUGCGGGAGUGCAAGGAGCACUUGGAGAAGGCGGCCAAAUGGGAGAGCUACGAACUAGACGCGCGGGUUGGGCUCAAGGUGACGGCGGCGAUGGAGGCGGUGGAAAAAUGGGAGAGCGCGCACGCGACGACCUCUGGUUGAUGAUGAUUGAUGUAUCAUGACGCUGUACAUUUACUGCCGAGCAUUUGACAUAACGAUAAGACUAUGGAUAGACGGAGCAAUGGAUGAUUGUUUGCUGGG